AUGAAGCGGCCACACACACACAUACUCUGCGAACUCGCUAGGCUAGCCCAAACACUUAUCAGCUUAUCAGCCGCCAUCCGAUAACCGGUGAAGCGUCAACCACUUUGUCAAGGGUGCUGCUGCUGCUGCGCACCGCGGUUAGUACAGUGUGGUUGUCCAGACAGUUUCCGGGGCAUUUGUCCGGCAUUUCCAGGCGGCAUUUCACAAUUGCGCACAGGUUGCGCUAGCGCGAUCGUCGAGUACACAAGCGCACGUCCUAUCUGAGCUCACUUUUGCACAUGCCGUUGGUGCAUGCUGUUGAUUUGUUGCAUCUGUUGUAGUCCCGCAGACACGAGAAGAGAGCAGAGGUGAAUGUGAGUCGGUCCAGGGGCAAGAUGGCCGCUACAGUUCACCAAGGUUAAUAGCCCGGACUUACCCGGAUGGAUGGAGUACGUUGAGUCAUCACCAAUCUUUCGUUUGUUUUCUCGAAGACGAAACCCCCAACGAUGCAAGUGCCCCAAUGCCAGGCGGAUGUAGUGCAGAGGCUCAGUGUGUGAGUGUGUGCGCGCGUGUGUGUGUUUGUAUGUGCUUAGCGUUAUCAGAGAAAAGGUGCUUUACGCUGUAUGUGGCUGUGAUAUUUGUUAUCGUAAUAGAAAGCGGCCCACGGUCCCCACAAUCAACCACAACGACAAUCAAUCAAACGGCAAACGACAAAACGAUGCGGAUAGUAAAGGAGAUCCUAAGCUGAUCCGCGAGCUACUCAUCGAAGGUGGUGCUUCCCAAACGAGACUCGCCAGACGAGCACCCCGUGGCCAGGACGACAACUAAACAAAACACCAACCAAACCUUGACGAUCGAGAUGUCGAGCAGCGUAUCGGCACGAUUGUUCGCAACAUCCCACCACCACCACCACCAUCACCACCAUCAUCAUCAUCACAAUCAGUAUGGCUCGUUUCGGGCGAGUGGCAAAGGAGAGGCCUGUCGGGAGGGGGACAAGGAACCGGGUUCUGAGAACCUGAUCCGCUACACCGUCGAUCAACCGUCCCCAGCUCCUGCUCCAUUAACCUCCGCUACCCAGAUGACGUCACCAGCGGGAUACCAGCGGCUGGUGAAAAGUUCUCGCCUGACCGCAUCCACCGGCCACCGACCUCGCCCGGCCGGUCAGCUCCCGGUGUGCCAGCAGAAGCAGAAGCCGGAACAACACCAACACCACCAACACCACCGGCCACCACCGGUGCUGAUAGCGGCCCAGCCGGGACUCCAAUCAUCGCGCGUCAUCCGGUCAGCGCGUCGCAUCAUCGAAUCGCACGCCUGGAACUGCCGCCUGGCAGGCUCGAACCUGCCGGCUGGCAGUGGUACCGGCACGCAAACGUCGAGUCGUCGCUCCGUACGCAAAUCGCCCGCUCCCAGCUCCUCCGGUGCGUCGGUAGAAUCGAUCGUACCGAAGGUGUCCACCAACGGGUUACCGGUGGGCCCAGCGGAACCCACUUGCAAUUCCACAGGUCCACAGAAGCGCUCGUACAAUGCGCGCAAACUGCAGCCAAGGGUCGUCUCGAGUCGGACGCUCGGUAACACGAGUGGGCGCGUUUGUGCGGGCGGAGGUGCGGCAAUCACAGUAGCACCGGUGGCGUUGCCCGAUCCGAGGAGAACUCUUGGCACCACCUCGAAGACAGCCGGUGCACAGCGGGUUGGUGGUGAUGCGGCUGCAGCAACCGCUAGGCGGCAUCCUGCCGGUGGUGACACUACCACGUCCACGACGGCGGCAAACGUCACAAAUCAUGAGCGUCUUGCGAGGGCGCACCGCGAAAACAACGAAAACUAUCAUCCGCUGCAUCAGCAGCAGAAGCAAAUGCAGCAGCAGCAGCAGCAACAGCAGAAUCAGCGCUUGGCCAGUGGUUACUCGAGCAGCGGCUUGCUAGCGAAGCUGCGAACGACGAAAUUAACGAUGACGCCCGUCGCCACGAACCGGAGCUCGUGGAUCCACCGGUACCCACCACCGGUUAGCGGCAGCUCCGGUCCGGAAGCGUCACCGGUCGAGGGGAGCCCGUUCUCCCGCGGUUUUCCCGAGGGUUUGCCUUUUGAGCACGAGUUCUAUCGGCAGCGGGAACCACGACCACAAGCGAGCGCCAUCGCGAGCCGCCGGGAGAGCAGGGAACGAAUGAGAGCAACAGAUGAAGAAGAAGAAGAAGAAGAAGAGGAGGAGGAGGAAGAAGAAGAAGAAGAAGUGGCCACGGAAGAAGAGAAGCUCGAUGAGGAGGAGGAAGAGGAGGAGGAGGAGCAGGAGCCAAAGUUAAACUACACCCGACUGAAACCAACGAUCUCGCGGCCACUGUGGAACGCGAAGAAGGAUGAUCUCCAGCAGAACAAGGACUACUGCCGACCGGUCCUGUCGAGCAUUACGGACCAGCGGCAGCGCCAGCCAGAACCGCUCGGCAGCACCAAGCUGCCAUCACCGGUGGCGCAGGUGCAGUACGGUCACAUCGACCACAGUAGCUUCUACUACAAGUUCGAAAGCAGCCGGUCCCGGGUCCACCGGUACGGUGGCACCGGCCCCAUGGGCUAUGGUGGCGUCGGACGGGAGGAGCACCAGGAGCUGAGCAGCAGCGACAGCGACGAUGCCGAUGCCGAUGCCGAUUGCGAAGGAUCGGCAGUGUAUGUGACUGUCGCAACGUGGGUUCCCCGGUGCAAUCAGUUCCUGGAAUCGGCGCCAGUCGACGCCUCGUCACGGUCUGAGUACGAUCCAUCGCAGCCCGGUGAAAAGUGGCGCCGUACGGGCAAUGGGAAACACUACGCCAGUAAGCAGCACGCCGCUCGGCGGCAGCACGUUGCUGUGUCCAGUGCAACGCGCGGGGAUGAUCCCAUUCCGGUCCCGCGUACGAUACCGAACAGUGGAAGCCACGGUAUAGGUGAAGGCAACCGCAGUACCGCCCGAGGCCGUCGCUCCAAAGGGAAAGGCCGCUCCACGGCUGACGCCCGCGAUCCGGCUUCGGUGCUUGCUGUCGCUGAGGCUGACGACGCGACCGGGAAAGGGCGAGAACCGGCGGUGCGUGAUGACAAGGAUGGGCAUUUGAUCUACAACCUGGGUGAUGUACUUAAUAAUAAGUAUAAAAUUAUCGCUAACCUAGGAGAGGGCACGUUCGGGCGCGUUGUUAAAGUGAAGGACUUAGAAGUCGAUUGCUUCAAGGCGCUGAAGAUCAUCAAGAAUGUGGAUAAAUACCGGGAGGCGGCUGUGCUGGAAAUAGCGGCGCUAUCGAAGAUCAAAGAACUGGACCCGAAUCUAGAUCAUUUGUGUGUCAAAAUGCUCGAUUCGUUUGACUACUACGGCCAUACGUGUAUCGCGUUCGAGAUGCUAGGAUUGAGUGUUUUCGAUUUUUUGCGCGAAAAUAGCUACGAACCGUAUCCGAUGGAACACGUGCGCCACAUAUCUUACCAGCUUUGCUAUGCCGUCAAAUUUCUGCACGACAGUCAUCUCACCCACACGGACCUGAAGCCGGAAAACAUACUGUUCCGCAGUUCCGACUACAUCACGCAACGUCAGCUGCGCAGCAAGAAGCAUGAGGUGCGUACGGUGAAAUGUACCGAUAUACGGCUGAUCGACUUCGGUAGUGCUACGUUCGACGACGAACAUCACAGCUUGAUCGUGUCAACGCGCCAUUACCGUGCGCCGGAAGUAAUCCUUGAGCUGGGCUGGUCCCAGCCAUGCGAUGUAUGGUCGAUCGGCUGCAUCAUGUACGAGCUGUACCACGGGGUCACCUUGUUUCCGACACACGACAACCGUGAGCAUCUGGCUAUGAUGGAGCACAUCCUCGGUACCAUCCCGUAUCGCAUGGCACGGAAAACAAAAACGAAAUACUUCCGUUACGGUAAGCUCGACUGGGACGAGAAGUCAUCGGCUGGUCGCUUCGUGCGGGAAAAUUGCAAACCACUGCACCGGUGCAUCCUGUCGGACAAGCCCGACCACCUGCAGCUGAUGGAUCUAAUUCGGAUGAUGCUGGAUUAUGAUCCCGCGGAUCGUAUCACACUUACCGAAGCCUUGCGUCAUCCCUUCUUUGCGAAGCUGCCGGUACACCAGCGCCUUCACGAGAAAAGUAAUGAUAUUUCCGCUCCAUCCGGAACCAGCCACCGGGAACGUUCGCACAGCCAUUCAAGAUGAUUGACCAUUCAUCGAUAAGGCCGUACUACAUACCCUCGAUCGAUCUUCAUCCAUGAUUAUUGUUUUAUGAAAUUAUAUAGUAUAUCCCCCUUAUGAGAACUGAUGAUUGAAAUUUACAUGUUUUCACUAACUCCCUCACUCACACACAAACACUCUCUCUUUCUCCAUUCACUUCAACAUUAUAGGUAUAGGAAUAGGGAGUUUCUAUUUAGAUGAUUUGUAGUGUGGAUGAAGAAUAGGCAGUCGGUAUGCUUCUGAAGUAGAUCAUAUUUGAUUAGCGACUCCAUUCGAGACAAAUCUCUAUUUAUUAAAACCAUUAAAGUCAUCAUUUGCUACGGUUGCCAUAUGAUUGAGCUGUCCUGUACUGGAUACUAUUCAUUCAUCGUAGGCUAGUCUCAUCCUAGGAUCCAUAGGCUAAUAUUAUCCUAGCGGACAGGCUUUGAUGAUAAAACUUUUUCAUCUGUUUAAGUGUAUAUCUACGGAUAUAUGUAUCUUUUCUUCUCAUUUAAUAAUUUGAUUUUCAUUUUCAAUAUAUUUUUUUGACUUUGGCCUGCGCCAAAAAUUAUACACUUAGCAAAGAAAUAGGGCAUAAUGGAAGGAUAUUUAUGAUGUAUAGAUCCACGGCUGUCGGUCGCCGGAUUUAUAAAUUCGAACUCUUCGAAUGUUAUAAACUGUUAUAAAUAUAAUGUGAGGAGAAUUAGCUAGUUGAACAACAAUUACCAAAUGACAUGAAUCAUAUUCGCCAGUUGUGACUGUUGCUUGUGAAGCAAUAACUUGAAGCUGUGACUUGAACUAGACAGCAAUAGAGGGGAAAAUAGUGUGUGGGGGGCCCCUCCCCCCACGGGAGGGGAUAAACGAAUGAAAUGGGGUAGCAAAUUAGAGUACGAGAAGGAAGAGUAAAGGGAGAAAAGCAGCUAGUUUGUGUGCAAUAUUUGCUAACAGGGCAUUAUUGAAAAUCAUCGAAACGAAUAACAAUUGUCUUGCUCUCUUCUUGAUUAACAAUGAAUGACUUCUAAAUCAAAUGUAAGCCGUCCUCCACUUGCCUUGCUGUUCUUACCUUCUUCACGAAUGCAUUCGAGUUUGAAAACAGAAACGUACGAGAAGUCUCCAUCCAUUUCAUCAUUCAUGAAUGGGUAUGGAUUUCCAUGACGGGUUGAACAGUGGAAUUGUCGUUUUUCGUUAAAGCUUACCAAUGUUUAAUCGGUACAAUCCCCACCUACUCAUACCAUGUUUAUGCAGGUAUUGCUAAAGCAGCUGACAACGGUCGUUCAGAUCCACACAAGAGACGGCGUCCUCCAAUUCCUUUUACGCUUCUGCCCAUGAUAGCUCGUUGGCAGAACGGUACUAUCGGAUUCAAAGCCUGAACACUAGUCACAAACAGCACGGAAGCACAUGAUACAUCGCGGGCAAAGGAUGCAUACUGAAAACACCACCCACUAGCACUGCACAGGACACACAACACGUAGCAGAGAGUGAUACUACUUACAAAGACUCGCCGUCAUAAGCUCAGUAUAAGAACCAAACAAUGCACGCCAAUGUUGCGAUUAGUGUCUGAGGAUUCCUGUUUUGGUGUAAGAACUUGCAGUAAACUACAAGGCAGGGAUGUAUUGCUUGCGAUGGACAGUAGUAAUGCGGUGGAUAUUGCCUUCAACACUUUGCCCAGUUCCUAUAUCGUGAUGGUCUCUCAUAUUUCGGCUGCUUCAAAUAUCUUUAAGAAGGAUAAUGUCGACCGUCAAUCUGACUUAUCUAUUGAUCAAAAUCAAUAGUCAUACUAGUAUUUAGGCGUAACAUAUUUGGUGAUUUCUUUAGUACCGUAAGCCAAGUACAAGCGCUGCCCUGCAGCAGAAAGCUAAGGUAAAAGACGCUUUUAGAUCGCAGUUGAUAGUAGUAGGUCAAAUCAAGAGCGGAACAACAAACGUCGGAAAUACGGUUAAAAUGUACAUUGCUAACCUGUACUGGCUAAUGAUUUGCAUAGAGCGAAGCGGCUGUUGGAUCCGAGAGACACUCACGCAGGAGAUGUAGAGCAGCAGAAUCGUCGAAGGCCGUAGCUCACCAAACGAAGCGAUCACGUACAACGAUAACGAAUUCAAUUGACGAAUCCAUAUAGAAAGUUGAAAGGGGUAAUUCAGAUGAAUGGGCACGCAGAAACAUGCUAUGCAAUUAUACAACUUUGAACGAUUCGUUGGAUUUGCUUCGUUUUAUCUUUUUGCUGUGGAAGCGUUGCAAUGGUAGUACCUGCUGAAAAGAGUGUGACCGGAAAUUUCCAAGGAAUGCUAUUGUUGAUUUCUAAUUCGAUCAAAUGAAAUGCGCAUCACGAUGGUGUCAAAUUUUAAAAAAUAAGUAAAAACACGCUGCUUUCCGAUUAGUAGCAUUAACUCCCUCGACCGAUGCCACCGGAACUUGGUUCGAGAAGCUCUGCUAGGUCUUCGGGUUAUAUGUAAAUAGUCGAAUGUUUCAUUUCUUAGGUUUUUUUUUUCAUCUAGAAGACAUCUAUCGUUCUUGUAAAUAAACCACAAGUGCUUGUAAAAAUGGUUGAAAUGUGUGGGAGCAGAUAAGGCACAACGCUCAACCCACGUAAAUAGCUGAAACGCCGCACGUAAAUAGCUGAAAGCGCAAACAACCGAUCGAUGGGGAAAGCCAGCAUUAGCGCAUCGGGGCUUAAAUUAAGAUAAGCAUGUGUUAUUAGACUAAUAAAAGUAAUCAUCAGCAAAUAUUUAA